GCGUCACAAACUGAUUAUUAAACAAACACCAUGGCUCUCAAAGUUGCAUUUCUCGUGUUGUUUUUCUCCUGUCACUCGUCAGCUUCGCUGUAAUGGCUGCAUCUGAGGAGAAGUGCCAGUACGUUGUGAGAGUUAAGACAGGAGGUAGGAUUAGUGCCGGAACGGACGCCACCAUUAGCCUCCAGUUAAUGUCCCAUUCCAGCAAUAGCUUGACCAUCGCCAACCUCGAAGACUGGGGCGCCAUGGGAUCCAACCACGACUACUUCGAGAGGGGCAACGUGGACGUCUUCGAGGGCAGUGGCCGCUGCCUCAAUGUUUGCGCCAUCACCGUCACCUCCAACAACUCAGGGUACAAGUCAGGGUGGUACUUGGAUUACGUGGAAGUCAUCGUCAGCGGCGACGCAUCUAAGGAGGUAUCGUUCCCGGUGAACCGGUGGCUGGCUGACGACGAGUGGCCCUAUCCCCUCUCUGCCACCGUCGACGCAUGCUCCAGCUUCUAUCCGAUGAAGCCCGCUCUCUCUUCUGUGCUGAGGGAGUAAUUAGUUAAUGUUUGCUGUGUGUCUCGUUCCAAUAAUAAUAUUAAUAAUCAUUACAUCUCUGGGCUUAUUUAUGAGUAUAUAUAAAUAUGCCCUGAGGUUGUGAUAUGUAUCAGGCUUUCGCUGGUAUGCAUGUGUUGUGUCUUCUGUCGAUUGUUACCUCUCACGGCCUCUAUGUGAUAUAUAUAAUAAUAAAUAAGCCCUGAGGUAGCAAUAUGUAUCUGGCCCUUGUUGGUGUACCGUGUUAUGCAUGUGUUGCGUAAUAAUAUAUGUUGACUAUUAUUUUAUACGUUUUUGUUUUAA